CUCCUCCUGGAGCCGCGCAGGCAGCCCCGUGGGGCGAGCAGCCAGGGGAGGGGCCGGAGGCGGGCCGUGCCGAGCGGAGAAGAGCCGUGCCGAGCGGAGCCGGUGCUGCCGGGCGUGCCGCGAGGUGUAGCCGUGCACAUGGGAACCCACCGCAUCGUGCUGACGGGCCCCGGGCCAUGGGGCUUCCGCCUGGUGGGCGGCCGGGACUUCGAGCAGCCCCUCACCAUCUCACGGGUGACUCCAGGUAGCAAAGCUGCAAUAGCCAACCUGUGUACAGGAGACCAGAUCAUAGCCAUUGAUGGAGUGAACACAGAUAACAUGACGCACCUCGAGGCGCAGAACAAAAUCAAGGGCUGUGCGGAUGAACUCACCCUGACGGUUAGCAGAACGGAGUCAAAAGUCUGGUCACCGCUUGUAAAUGAAGAGGGAAAGGCGCAUCCUUACAAGAUGAAUCUAGCCUCCCAGCCCCAGGAAAUAAAGCACAUAGGAAGCGCACACAACCGGAGCGCGGUCCCCUUCACUGCUGCCACGGCUUCUGCCCCCAAGGUGAUCACUGCUCAGUACAACAGCCCGGCGGGCCUCUACUCCUCAGAAAAUCUCCAGACCUUCAACAAUGCUGUGGAGUCAAAGACAUCGCCUGGGCCCCCUGAGCCCAGCAAGCUUUUAGAUCAGCACAGCCAUCCCCCAGGCAGCAUUGCCAUAGACAGAGACUCUGAGGUUUACAAGAUGCUCCAGGAGAACCAAGAAUCGCAUGAGCCACCCAGGCAGUCUGCUUCCUUCCUAGUGCUGCAGGAGAUUUUGGAGUCAGAGGAGAAAGGAGAUCCCAGCAAACCAUCUGGAUUUAGGAGCGUCAAGGCUCCCACCACAAAGGUGGCCUCAUCGAUUGGGAAUGCCCAGAAGCUGCCCAUGUGUGACAAGUGUGGAUCUGGCAUUGUAGGGGUGUUUGUGAAGAUUCGGGACAAGCAGCGUCACCCUGAGUGCUACGUGUGCAGUGACUGCGGCACCAACCUCAAGCAGAAAGGACAUUUCUUCGUGGAAGAUCAAAUCUACUGUGAGAAGCACGCACGGGAGCGAGUGGUGCCCCCAGAGGGCUAUGAGGUGGUCACUGUCUUCCCUAAGUAGCCUGUGCUGCAGUGGGGUCAGCGUGGAUCGUUCCUCUUCUGCUGCUCUUCUGGGAAAGUGUUGCCCUGCCCCUUGCUGACUCUCCUUUGCAAUAAGGAAUGCUAGACACGGCUUUGAAUUUCCUUGCCACGUGAAAGUUCCGUCUGUACACACAAGGUGUCACUAAUCAUUCAACAUUCUUUUGUCUUUCACUGUUGUUUCUCUCUCUUUUUUUUUUUUUUAAUACACAGAUUAUUAUUUUUUCCCUUCCUUGUGCUGCCAAGUGCACAGGCAUGGCAGAGGCCAAAGUCAGAUCACAGCUCACCUGUAUCCCAGUUGUUUGCUUUCUGUUCACAUUCAAUAAAUAGGGUGACUCCAACA